AAGCCAUGAUGUACAUGGAACCUGAAAAGCAGGUCAUGUCGCGGUCAUGCGACGAGUGUGUGGUGGCCCUCUGUGACCAGUGGUAUCUGGACUAUGGAGAUGAAGAGUGGAAGGCACAGACUAACAAAGCCCUCAAGUCUUUAGAGACGUUCUGUGAUGAGACCAGGAAGAACUUUGAGGCAACUCUAGCUUGGCUCCAGGAGCAUGCGUGCUCUCGCACCUAUGGCCUUGGAACGCGGCUGCCUUGGGACCAGCAGUGGUUGAUUGAGUCGCUGUCAGACUCCACCAUCUACAUGGCAUACUACACAGUGGCACACCUCCUUCAGGGGGGUGUACUGAAUGGACAGGGGCUGUCGCCGCUGGCCAUCAAGCCAGAGCAGAUGACCAGGGAGGUGUGGGACUUCAUCUUCUUUAAGACUACUCCUUUCCCCAGUACAAGUAUCCCCAAGGAGAACCUCCAGAGGCUGAGGAGGGAGUUUGAAUACUGGUACCCUGUGGACGUACGCGUGUCUGGCAAAGACCUGGUCCCCAAUCACCUGUCCUACUACCUGUACAAUCAUGUGGCUAUGUGGUCCAAUGACAAUGGGAAGUGGCCACAGGCAGUGCGAGCCAAUGGACACCUAUUGCUCAACUCUGAAAAGAUGUCCAAAUCCACAGGAAACUUCCUCAGUCUCCGUCAAGCCAUCGACAAAUUCUCCGCAGAUGCUGGUGAAGGAGAUUAGCAAAAUUAACCUUUCACAAUUUUGUCUACUGGAUUUCUCGACAAGCCGCACUCGGCAAAAAACGUGUUGUU